CAGAUCAACAAUCAUAAAGUUAAUUCUUCCAAUUUAAGUCUAAUGGCAAUUUAAACUACUUAUUUUCAUAGAAACACUAUGUUUUAGCAAAAAUGAAGGUACACAUGUUACCGAGGGCGUCAUUACGAAGGGUCUUCAGCUCUUCACCCCGCUGUUCUAGUUAUCUCCCCCUUAGCUUCCAGCACUCAAUAAUCCGAUCAUCCAGCAGCAUAUCGCAACGACUCGGUUCGAAGCAUGUAUCGUUCCCUGGUGCUGUGAAAAGCGAGUUCACGAAUGACCUCAAAUACGUGUUACCCGCCAACCUUCCUGCCUUGCCAACGUAUCGAGCGGUCGGUCAAGAUGGUAACAUUGUUGAUCAGUCGUUUGAGCCGGAUCUCAGCGAAGAGGAAAUUGUAAAGGUGUAUAAGACCAUGUUAACUAUUUCGAUAAUGGACCCCAUAAUGUACGAUGCGCAGAGGCAGGGCCGUAUAAGUUUUUACAUGGUAUCGGCUGGCGAAGAAGCUAUUAGCAUUGGAUCUGCCUCGGCUUUGGAUAAUGAAGACGUGGUCUUCUGCCAAUAUCGCGAGCAAGGCAUUUUUGCAUACCGGGGUUUCACCUUAAAGCACUUUAUGAACCAGCUAUUUGCGAAUAAGAGCGAUAUUGGGAAAGGCAGAAAUAUGCCUGUACACUACGGCAGCAAAGAGUUCAACAUUCAUACGAUCUCGUCGACCCUAGCGACGCAGAUACCACAAGCAUCCGGUGCGGCAUAUGCUCUCAAGAUGCAGCGCAUCAACGACCCAUCUCUACCUCCCCGCGUAGUAGCCGUGUAUUUCGGCGAAGGCGCCGCAAGUGAAGGCGAUUUUCACGCCGCAUUGAACAUUGCCGCCACGCGAUCUUGUCCUGUUAUUUUCAUAUGUCGAAAUAACGGAUAUUCAAUAUCAACUCCGAUUCUAGACCAAUACCGAGGCGAUGGCAUUGCCAGUCGGGGAAUCGGAUACGGAAUUGACACUGUGCGAGUCGAUGGAAAUGACUUCUGGGCUAUGAGAGAAGCCACCAAGAAGGCGAGGGAGAUGGCCCUUGAAGACGGAGGCAAGCCAGUCUUGAUAGAAGCAAUGAGCUAUCGCGUCAGCCACCACAGUACCUCCGACGACUCCUACGCAUAUAGAGCAAGGGUAGAAGUCGAAGACUGGAAACGCCGAGACAAUCCUAUCACGAGACUACGGAAAUACAUGGAAGCAAAAGGAAUCUGGGACGAGGCUAAGGAGAAGGAUGCUAAGGAAACCAUUAAACGAGAUGUUUUGAAGGCGUUCUCGGAGGCCGAGCGAGAGAAGAAGCCAGCUAUUCGGAACAUGUUCGAGGAUGUAUAUGAGGAGAUGACCCCUGACUUGAAGGCACAGAUGGAACAGCUGAAACAGCACUUGGAGAAAUACCCUAACGAGUAUGAAUUGGGAGAAUUUGAAGAGGGAAUUAACAGUUUGAAUUCGUAGAGGAUAUGCAUAGUUAGUUCUAAUUCUAGCAAGCUAGAGAGGGGGAUGGGCUCUCGUGAUCAUAGCAAAUUUGUACGCCAUCGAAUGCUGUCAAAUAUCGUUGAAGCUACCCGAGUUUUUUUAGCAUUUGAUUUUGGUGGAUAGGUAGGUAGCUACCAGUACCUACAUAUUUCAAGCCCAUAUCUUGUCUUCGUUACGCGACGAUGAAUCAAAAUGUCCCUAGACGUUAUGAUUGGUAGGCGCUGCGAGAUGACCAACGCUUGUCAGCCACGUCGAACAAAAAGAAAUGGGGAACUCGACAAAUUUUUACGGAAGCUCUCAUCCUAUCAAUUGGGGAAGAAAGUUAUAAUAGAGCUUCUUUGAUGCCUCGUGGGAUGUGUAUUUGCUCAUACGGCGCUUGCGUUGAAGGUCAAAUUAUCAAUGCAUAUGGUCAAGGUGUAUUGAAUAAAUAUGAGCACUUGAGUAGUAGGUAGGUUUGUCUUUAAGGAAAGGUGAUGUCAUAAUUUGUAUGGUAUUGUUCUAGGCGGUACAUGUUGCACCUAGGGCCUCUAUUAGUGCGAGUACAAGC